AUGGGGUGGGGAGGCGGCGUCCUCUACUGCCCUGGCCACUCUCUGUUGCCGCUGUCUCCUGACUGUAGUUCUACCGCGGCUGACAAGGGGCGUCUUUUUCCCGGCUGUGUGAGGGUUGGAAAGAGUUAAACAGAUUCGACUCCAACUUUCCCUCAGAGAAGCUGGAAUUGGGAAAACUCACUUUCCCAUCCGGAUUCUCGUUCCCCAGCUUGCAUUCUCCGGCUGGCUCCACCUUCUCUGUACGUGUUUUGUACCCUGGGCCGUACCUGGAGCAAAUCCGAGGAGCCGAGGCUUUGGCUCUGAAUGACUUACUCUCUGCCACACUGCCCCGUCCAUCAGCCACCCCGUACUGGGCUCAGGACCGUGAGAGAGAGGACGGAGCAGCACCACCUCGGGGCUUGGGAGAUGGAAUUUCUUAGACCAGCCCGGUCCCUCACCCUGACCUUCCCCGAAUGACCUUUUCUUGCCUCUGGAUGUCGGGGUUAUUGCUGGUGGUGAGUGUGUGGGUGUGUAAGACUUGCAAGCCUGAAGCUUGUCGGAGAGCAGCCACAUCUAUCAGCGUCAGACUGGCCCCAGGAGCCCCGGGCAGUAGCUCUCGCCCUUCUUUGUGGAAGCUGCGGGCCCUGAACUGCACUUUUGGGCUGCCUGCUCUCAGACGGAAUAAACAAGCUUCUCUGCAGCACCCUAUGCAACGAGGCGUGUUUAUAGAGCUGUUUCUUCUCCUCUGGAGGACUCUGUGCAGUGUUUGACACUGUUGAUCGCUGCCAUGGAUGGAGAACAGAACCCAUUCACUAUUGUGUUAGAACGAGAAAAUGACACCUUGGGAUUCAACAUUAUAGGAGGUCGACAAAAUCAGACUAAUCAAGAAUCAUCAACUGAAGGAAUUUAUGUUUCAAAAAUUUUAGAAAAUGGACCUGCUGACAAAGUGAAUGGACUGGAGCUUCAUGAUAAAAUCAUUGUGGUGAAUGGGAAGGAUCUCUCGAAGGCCACCCAUGAAGAGGCAGUGGAAGCUUUUCGAAAUGCCAAGGAGCCCAUUGUGGUGCAAGUGUUAAGGCGAACGCCUCUCAGUAGACCUUCGUAUGGGACAGUCCCGGAAGUGCAGCUCAUGAAUGCCAGCACACAGACAGACAUCACAUUUGAGCACAUCAUGGCCCUGGCCAAGCUCCGGCCACCCACCCCUCCGGUGCCAGACAUCUGUCCAUUUCUGCUCUCAGACAGCUGCCACUCUCUUCAUCCGAUGGAGCGUGAAUUUUAUGAGGACAAUGAGUAUCUCUCUAGCCUGCCUGCUGAUGCAGACAGAACAGAGGACUUUGAAUAUGAGGAGGUUGAGUUGUGUCGGGUUAACAGUCAAGAGAAGUUGGGCCUCACAGUCUGCUACCGGACGGAUGAUGAAGAAGACACUGGCAUUUACGUCAGCGAGGUGGAUCCAAAUAGCAUUGCUGCCAAAGACGGCCGAAUUCGAGAAGGGGAUCGGAUUCUGCAAAUAAAUGGGGAAGACGUCCACAAUCGAGAGGAGGCUGUGGCGUUGCUGUCGAGUGAGGAGUGUAAGAGAAUCGUGCUGCUUGUUGCAAGGCCAGAGAUUCAGCUGGAUGAAGGCUGGCUGGAAGAUGAAAGGAAUGAAUUCUUAGAGGAGUUAAACUUGGAGAUGUUGGAAGAACAGCAUAAUGAAGCAAUGCAGCACACUGCCAAUGAGGUGGAGCAGCCAAAAAAGCAAGAAGAAGAAGAAGGUACAACAGAUACGGCAACAUCCUCCUCCAACAACCAUGAGAAGGACAGCGGGGUGGGGCGCACAGACGAAAGCUUGCCGAAUGAGGAGAGCUCAGAGCAGGAGAUCGCAGCCGAGGACCCCAGCGCCACAUCUUUGAACAGCAAGAGAGAGCUGGGGCAGAGCCAGGACACCCUGGGAAGCCUGGAACUUCAGUGCAAUGAGAGCUUCGUGUCUGGCGAAUACAUUGACUCAGACUGCACUGGCAACCAGGAUGAGUGCGAACGAUUCCGACAGCUCUUAGAGCUCAAAUGCAAAAUCCGAAACCAGGGAGGGUGUGAUCUGUAUUACGCCAGCAGCACAAUCGAAUGCAACCAAGGGGAGCAGGAGGGAGUAGAGCAUGAGCUACAGCUGCUAAAUGAAGAGCUAAGAAACAUUGAGCUGGAGUGCCAGAACAUCAUGCAGGCCCACAGGCUCCAGAAAGUGACAGACCCAUAUGGGGACAUCUGGGCUCUGCACGAUGGGGGAUUCCGAAAUUAUAACACCAGCCUAGACAUGCAAAGAGGAAAACUAGACGACAUUAUGGAGCAUCCAGAAAAGUCAGACAAGGACAGCUCUAGUGCUUACAACACAGCCGAAAGCUGCAGAAGUACUCCACUCACAGUGGACCGUUCCCCGGACAGUUCCCUUCCCAGAACGAUCAACCUCACUAACAAGAAAAACCUGGGAAGCACCAUGGCCCCCCGUCAGCCCUCCUCUGGACAGAGCAGCAAAGAGUCAAUGUCCACCAGAGCCAAGGCCACCGAACAAGGCUGCAGCACAGAAAGCCAGGAGAAGCUUCUGGAAAGCAGCCAGCGUCUGGACCCCGAGAAGACAGGCAGCGAGCCCAUCCCUUACCUCUCUCCCUACCACAGCUCCUCCUACAGGUGCGCCAACAUCCCAACCCACGCCAGGCAUUACCAGAGCUACAUGCAAUUAAUCCAGCAGAAGUCGGCCGUGGAGUACGCGCAGAGCCAGCUCAGUCUGGUGAGUGUGUGCAAGGACCCUCAGAAGGGGUCCGAGCCCAAGAUGGAAUGGAAGGUGAAAAUCCGGAGCGACGGGACCCGCUACAUCACCAAGAGACCUGUGCGAGACCGGAUCCUGAAGGAACGUGCCUUAAAGAUCAAGGAGGAGCGCAGCGGCAUGACCACCGACGACGACACCAUGAGCGAGUUGAAGAUGGGGCGCUACUGGAGCAGAGAGGAGCGCAAGCAGCACCUGGUGCGCGCCAAGGAGCAGCGCCGGCGGCGCGAGUUCAUGCUGCGCAGCCGGCUGGAGUGCCUGCGGGAGGCACCGCAGAGCGCCGGCGAGGCCCGGAAGGAGCCUAGCAUUCUGGAGCUGAGCCACAAAAAGAUGAUGAGGAGGAGAAACAGGAAAAUCCUGGACAACUGGAUGACGAUCCAGGAACUGAUGACUCACGGGGCCAAGUCUCCGGACGGCACUAGGGUGCACAGCGCCUUCCUGUCCGUCACCACGGUAUGACCCCGUGGACCCCAGCGACUGCCUUCCAGAGGGUGCUACCAGUUUGGGUAGAGUUUGAUCGCCUCGUUCAAUGUGGCGUUUUUAUAUCUAUUUUGUGACUCUUUAUAGUUUAAAUUUUUUGUAAGCGAAAAAUAACCUGGUAAAUUUUCAUUUGAUUUUUCAUAUACUGGUACCUUCUUUUUUGGCUGAGGUCUUUCCUUAACUUACGAUAUAUUCCUAUUACUCAUUUAUAAAAAACAUAAUAAAACAAAAAAUACUUGAACAAAAAUACUGAGGAGCUAAUUAAUUUCCUAUUUUAAUGUAGGUUAAAAUCUGGAUUUAUUUCUCUAGUUUACUUAUUUUCUACUUUAAUAACAACUCAAUGCCAAAACAUUUCUAUGCUUGCUUCCUGGCAUAAUACAUAUUAAAUCAAACCUGUUAAUAAAUCACAUGCCACAUCUUGUCUUACGCACACAGAAAAAAAAAACCUUUUUAACAUUCUGUUGUACAUUUAACACAUAAAUGGCCAUUGUCUUUGUCCCUGUAAAGUGUAGGUCAACAGUAGGCCUGUGAUAUGGAGUGACAUUGGUCAUGUAGCUAGAUAAUCGUGGUAACUGUGACAAUAAAAGAGAAAUAAAUUAUUGAUUAUCCUUAAGAAAAGUUACUAAGGAGUGUUUUAUUUUCAUUGUCCACUGUGGUUAACAGAUAUAAAUUAGUUAUAUAUGUAUACUAUUUAGAAGAACCCUAAUUGUAGGUUAUAAACUGUGCUCAUUUUCUAUCACCUUUUCAAUAAAGUCUUGAAAUACUUCCUAUGGGUCAUUGUGUCACAUAUUCCUACCAGAAUUACACUACAUACACACACACAUACAUACACACAUACAAAAAAAAUGCUUCACAGAUGCUAACUAAACAUUUGAAAUGCUCCGCUUGCCUGCCACCCAUGUAAGGUAAAGUCAAGAAAAGUUUAGGAAUAGAUGGAGAAAAAGGAUUCAUGAAGUAUCUGAGAUUAUUCAUCAUUGGAUGUACUUUGCUUGGGCUGCUGUAACUAAGGGCCAUAGACUGGGACUUAAACAUCAGGAAUUUAUUUCUCACAGUUCUGGAGACUGGAAGAUUCAAGAUGAAAUACAUUGGAGGUCAGAAUUUCAACAUACAAAUUCUGAGGAAACAAAACUGAGUCCACUGUACUGACUGCCUCUAUUUAGUUGAUUAUUUACGAAUAAAAUUUAGAGAACCAGCUUUGCAAGAAUUUGUAGCAUAUGCAACUAAAUGCCUUGUGUGUAAUUUAUUAAAACCCUCUCCUGUUGAUCAUCAUUGCCCCAGACGGCCAUAUGAUCCAAGUGAAUAUAAACAUGAGUUUCAUCAAGUUUUCAUUCAACCCAACAGGCUGUUUUGACAUAAUGGCUAUACAACAUAUGAAUGCCUCAGGAGACAUUUUCCUGUAUACAAGUCUCAGAGGUUUCCUAUUAGCCCUUGAAGCAGAUUCUGAUGCCUCAGUGUUAGAGCCAAAGCCAUCGUCAAAAUUUGCUACCCUGUCUGCUGCCUUGUAAGACCUUCUCUGAGCUAUUCUUGGCCCCUUAAUAUUUGCUCAUUCCCCUGAAGGUAUCAUGUUAUUCUGCUUGUGGAGUUUCUAUGACAAAUUCUAUACCUCCCUUAGCAUGUGAUCACACAUUUUCUUUUGUGGUAUUUUGAUGACAGCAGUCUCUCUCAGCUCUUUGGAAUACACUAUUGUGCAUAUUGUUUUACCUGUAUUCUUUUGUUACUGAAACACAUAAACAAUUUAUUGUCUCUUUGCAUAGAUUUUUAAUUUGUCGAGAGAGGCCCUUAUGUCCUUCUGGUUUUGCAACCCCUUGGUAAAAUGCCAUUUAAAUAAUAAUGAAUAUAAGUUGGGCUAAAUUAUUUUACUCAUAUUUCUCUUCCACAUAUUAGUCCAUCUGUUACUGUUUUCCUUACUCUUCUAUCCUUCCACAUUUUUACCUUUUGAAGGGUAACCACAUAGAAGAAAACAAAUAUCUUAUUUACAUAUAAUGAAAAUAUGGACUCGAGUUUUUAAAUAGUGAUAGUAAUAACGAACCAAAGCAACUAAAAAUUUCAACAUUUCUAAUUUUAUCCACUGUCAAUUCAAUGACUUAACACUACUUUGAGUGCACUCAGAGUUAACUUUUAAUAUUGCAGUUUUAAAUAAAAAUGCCUGUCUACCUUAAGGGUCUGUUUCUUCCCACACCACACACCUUAUACUAAUGUGUAGAUUUUCUGGAUAGAUCUCACAAAACACAGCAUUUCAAAAGUUAUCAGUUUAACUUCAUUUUUACUAAGGCCAAAUAAUGCUUGCCAAUUUUUAAAAAAAUGUGAUGUUGGUGUUUUUUGUGUCUGUUUAUAUACUUUUACAAGUUAAGAAAUGUCUCUUUUUCAAAAAUCAGUGAAAAUUUGAAGUGCUAUGCUUUAUCUUUCUACAUAACCUCAUUUGUACUAAACAUGUUUUUUAAG